AUGAAGGAACAAGUGUUCUGUGUCAUCCCUGAAGGCGUGGAAUUGGAAAGCUCCUUCGAUUGUCUGGAGUUGGUGAAGGCAAUCAACGGACUAAAGCAAGCGUCGCGCGUAUGGAACGAAACUUUUGACGAGUUCGUGUGUACCAUUGGAUUCCAAGAGUCAAGCCUCGACCCGUAUCUCUACAUAAAAAUUGUGGAAGGGCAAUGCGUGCUGCUGCUGGUGUAUGUGGAUGACGUGUUGAUCACCGGUAGCUCAUGCGAGCUAAUUGCACACGCCAAGACCGACCUGAAGCCGCGAUUCGAGAUUACUGACAGCGGCAAGUGUGCAUUUGUGCUUGUAAUCGAGCUUUAG